AUGGUCGCGCGCGCGCGCGUCCACGCCUCUCGCGGCGUCGACGCGCGACGGGUGCGGGCGCGCGGGAGAGCGCGCGUCGAUGUGAUCGCGCGCGCGGUGAAGGAGCCCUCGAGCGCGCCCGAGGAGGCGCUUCCGGAUGAGAACUUUAAGCCCGAGCAGUUGAAGUUUCAGGAUAUCGUCUCGCUCUGGGUGACGCAAAUCUUACAGACGUACGGCGGGAAGGAGAGCAAGGACAACGCCCCUGUGUGCGAAGGCGUGAUCGAUGAUUUGGUCGGUGGACCGAUUUUCUUGGCGCUGUAUCCGUACUUUCGACGGUACGGCGGGGUUUUUAAGCUCGCGUUCGGGCCCAAGGUUUUCAUGGUGCUGAGCGACCCGGUGAUCGUUCGAGAGGUGUUGAAGGAGAAGCCGUUCUCGUUCGAUAAAGGCGUGCUCGCGGAGAUCUUGGAACCCAUCAUGGGCCAAGGGUUGAUUCCGGCGCCGUACGCGGUGUGGAAGAACCGCAGGAGACAGCUUGUUCCUGGCUUUCACAAGGCGUGGCUUGACCACAUGGUCGGCUUGUUCGGGCACUGCUCGAACGAAUUGGUUCGCAACCUCGACAAAUCGGCGGAGGAUGGAGAAGUCGUAGACAUGGAGGAGCGGUUCUGCUCGGUGAGUCUGGACAUCAUCGGCUUGGCUGUGUUCAACUACGACUUUGGUUCAGUGACGAAGGAGUCUCCAAUCAUCAGCGCCGUGUAUAACUGCCUUCAGGAAGCGGCGCAUCGAAGUACGUUCUAUUUCCCAUAUUGGAACAUUCCGUUCGCGACGGACAUCGUCCCUCGCCAGCGCGAGUUCAAGCAGAACAUGAAGAUUAUUAACGAGACACUGAACGGCUUGAUCCAAAAGGCCCAGAAAUUCGAGGGCACGGAGGAUUUAGAGGAGCUCCAGAACAGAGAUUACAGCAAGGUCAAGGACCCGUCCUUGUUGCGCUUCUUGGUCGAUAUUCGCGGCGCAGACGUCACGGACUCGCAGCUUCGCGAUGAUUUGAUGACCAUGCUCAUCGCAGGUCACGAGACCACCGCCGCUGUGCUCACGUGGGGCUUGUUCUGCCUCAUGCAAAACCCGGAGCUCAUGAAGCGUAUUCAGGCCGACAUUGAUGAGGUGAUGGGUGACGACGAUCGAACGCCCACGUACGAUGACAUUCAAAAGCUCGAAUCAGUUCGCUUGUGCAUCGCCGAGGCGCUUCGUCUGUACCCGGAGCCUCCGAUUCUUAUCCGUCGCUGCCUCGAGGACGUGACCCUUCCGAAAGGUGCAGGCGACGCCGAGGUGACGCUUAUUAAGGGCAUGGACAUCUUUAUCAGCGUCUGGAACUUGCACCGAUCGCCCGAGUGCUGGGAAAACCCUGAAGAGUUUGACCCAUUUCGCUUCAAACGACCUUUCGCGAACCCGGGCGUCAAGGACUGGGCCGGUUACAACCCCGAACUCUUCACCGGUCUCUACCCCAACGAAGUCGCCUCCGACUUCGCAUUCAUUCCCUUCGGCGCCGGCGCGCGCAAGUGCAUCGGCGAUCAGUUCGCCAUGCUGGAGGCCACCAUCGCCAUGGCCAUGGUUCUCCGCCGAUACGACUUCGAGCUCACAACCGAUCCCAAGGAUAUCGGCAUGACCAUGGGCGCGACGAUUCACACGGAAAAGGGUCUCCCGUGUCGUGUUCGACGCCGCCAACCGGUCACCACCGCCACCGCCGCCGCCGUGUAA